AUGGAUGGUAUUUUAAAUGAUCAGGACGAUUUCGAAAGUCCUCAAAUGUUGGUAUCCAGCAAUCCAAAUCAACGCAAUUGGCGUGGCAUACUCAUUGCUAUGCUGGUUAUUAUUAUUGUUUUGGCCUUAAUUGUCACUUCCGUUGUUCUACUUACGCCGCCCGAUGAAGGUCCUAGAGUCAAAGGUCAGCGCAUUAAACUGCAGGACAUUGUAGAUGGUUUAUUUUUGCCGCAACAAGCAAAUGGUACUUGGAUAAAUGCUGAAGAAUUUCUGUAUCAAGAUCAUUGGGGUCGGAUAACUCUUUUGAAUGUUGCCAACUUAACCGAACGAGUGCUGAUGUCGAAUGUCACUUAUAAAACUUUUGCUCCAUAUACGUUUUCCCUGUCAGCCGAUAAGAGAUACAUUCUGUUGGCACAAAAUGUUGUUAAACUUUUCCGACAUUCGUUUUUGGCACAAUAUACGCUGUUUGACAUUCAAACGAGUGAAAGCAUCAAAUUGAAAAUCGAUGCUAAUGAUGAAGAAUGGCCGUAUUUGCAUUAUGCAACUUUCGCCCCGACUGGAAAUGCCUUCGUACUUGUUUACAACUACGACACGUACUACUCGCAAGGACCUCGUACUAAUCAUGUUUAUCGAGUGACACGUGAUGCGGUGCCUGGCGUUGUGUAUAAUGGCAUUCCUGAUUGGUUAUAUGAAGAGGAAAUUUUACAUACAAAUAAUGCUAUUUGGCUUUCGCCUGAUGGACGCCUGAUGUUAUACAGUUCGUUUAAUGAUUCCUUAGUUCAGGAGCAACAUUUUGCUUGGUAUGGCACUACAAGUGGUGGUAAUCCAAAUGCGUAUUUAUAUCCAGAAAUAAGGUCACUGAGAUAUCCUAAGCCAGGCACACAAAAUCCCACAGUGAAGUUAUUUGUGGCUGACCUUUCCGACCCCACUAAUUUCUACAUACAUCUUGUUCAGCCUCCACAGCUGCUUCUCAACGAAGAUCAUUACUUCACCAGUGCGAGUUGGGUGACCGAUACCGAAAUCUCCGUAGUUUGGUUAAAUCGUCCACAAAAUAUUUCCGUUGUUAGUAUUUGCAAGAGUCCAAUAUUUAUCUGUGUCGAGACUCAUCGCGUGAGUGGUGAUGGACGUGGUUGGGUGGAUACUGUAUCAGUGCCAUUGUUUGCAGGAAACGCAACAUCGUAUGUGGCCAUAUCGCCAUUGCGUGAUGGCACCUCUGGCUACUUUCGCCACAUCGUUCAUGUGCACGUGUCUAAGAAACGUGUACUACCACUUACGCACGGACAAUUCGAAGUUAAUCGUUUACUUCAUUGGGACCAAAUUGAUAAUUGGAUUUACUUUUUGGGCACACCUGAACGACUGCCGGCUCAACAACACUUAUAUAGGGUGUCGGCACUGCCGCCACGACAUGGUUCACCUUUACAAGCACCUGAAUGUCUUACAUGCCCUGAGCAAUUACGUAGUGGAAAUGGUAAUAAUGAAGGGCAUACAAAGCCCCCACCGAAACUGGUAACUGCUUGGGAUGAUGACUGGGAAGAUUCAGAAGAACGUUUAACACUUCCACCACCGACGUUAUCACCUGAACAUAGACGCACUAAAACGUUGCACUCGACUCAAACAUUUAAUGAAUGCCUUUAUCACACAGCUCAGUUUCCAGUUGCCUUACAAGCAAAAUAUGUGCUCAUAGAAUGUUUAGGACCACUGGUGCCCACAUCAGGUAUUUAUGGAAUAGUCAAUAGUGAACGAGAACGAGCAUCUAAUGAACGAAUAUCAUCAAAUACUGAUAAAACGGAGAUCCUGGAACUACUGUUGACCAUUCAAAAUAAUACGCGUCUGAGAGAAAAAAUUUUGCGCACCGCUUUGCCGCAAGUUAAAACGUUUCCAGUCAUGAUUUCAGGUGGUUACCAUGCUCAGGUGCGACUCCAUUUGCCACCAGUAUUGCGAGAGGAUGAAAUCACUCGUUAUCCCACCAUUUUGCAUGUAUAUUCAGGGCCAGGCACUCAAUUGGUUACUGAGAAAUGGCAUGUUGAUUGGAAUACAUAUCUAGCUGGUAGUAAAGAUUAUAUUGUUAUUGAAAUUGAUGGACGUGGCUCAGCUGGUCAAGGCUAUCAGUUGCUACAUGAAAUUUAUAAACGCUUAGGCACUGUUGAAGUUUCAGACCAGUUAGAGGUAAGCGAAUAUUUACGUGACAAUUUACACUUUAUCGAUGGUAGACGAAUGGGCGUAUGGGGAUGGAGUUACGGUGGUUACACGGCAGCACUAGCUUUAGCUGGUGCUCAAUCCAUAUUUCAAUGUGGUAUUAGUGUAUCACCUGUCACCAAUUGGAAACUAUAUGACAGUACUUAUGCUGAACGUUACUUAAGUUUUCCUAACGUUACCGAUAAUUACAAAGGAUAUGAGGAAGGUGAUUUGUCCAAAUAUGUAGACAACUUACGGGAGCGUCAAUAUCUUCUGGUACACGGCACCGCUGAUGACAAUGUGCACGUACAGCAAUCUAUGAUGCUCUCACGUGCACUCACGAAUAAAGGCGUUCUCUUUAAGCAGCAAAUCUAUCCAGAUGAGGGACAUAGUCUUUCCGGCGUUAAACGCCAUUUAUAUCGUUCGAUGACGGGGUUCUUCGAAGAUUGUUUUAAGAAGCUGGUGCCGCCUGAGUCGAAAGCUGGGUUAGGAAAUGGUGGUGAUACUCAACAGCAAUAAAUUUUAAUGCAACUUUAAGUCGAAUAUAUAGUUUGGAAAUUUCUCUUAUCAUUUAAAUUGUUUUCCUUUCUUGUUUGGCAAUGUUCGCGAAAAAGGACCACAUAAACCAGAAACUAGGAGUGAAAUCUCUAAUAAUCUGAAUAUUGAUAUAAAGUUCGGAAAACGGAUAUUUAAUAAACACGGUUGUGAACAUACUCGUAAAAAGUUGAAACAAUAGCUGCACCUAUUAAAUGUCACAAAUUAUUUUGCAACAAACUUGUGAUGGAAUAUAAUCAGUGUCACAAAAUCAAUAAGAGUAAAAUUAAAAAUAAAAUUCCAGUUAAGUAAUAAAUAAUCUGUUACAUCUGUUACAU